AUGAGAAAUUUCGUCGUCUUCUCUCUGUUCUUCCUGGUGGCUACUGUAGCCUGGAUCGAGGCCCAAAGCCCUGAGCCGAGCCAAGAGCCGAAUGACAAGCAAGAGGCGGAAAAGGAGGGUAAAGUUGAUGGUGGGUUCACAGAGAUACGGUGGAGAGUUCUAACUGCUGGAGAUUGCGGUUUUUAAAGCUUAUAGACGACGUGACAACUUCUGAAAAUUUUAGCUUGCGUUUCACAGGCGCAACUAAAAUAUUAAACGAUCUUUGUAUGCAAAAAAAUGAUGAAGAUUACGAGAUUCGAGCAGGCAAAAGGCGGCUCUCGCUCAUGCAUUGCCAACUUCAGGCCAAGGAUUUCUGUUCCUUGUAUAUCAGAGACUUUGGUUUGUAGCGAAAAAGGAAUAACAAGGCGCCCAAAAUUCUGUUCUACCUCACAUCAGAAGCCUUAAUUUGUACAAGAUUUCGCCAAAAUUUAGAGAAGAUUCCUUUCUUGAUGACUUCUAAUAUAAGCAGCUAUAUAUUUCCCGUCGUAACAGAAGAAGAUCUUUUUCUUUCCAUCCCGCUUUGGCUUCUUCCCUUAUUUACACGUAAACGUUCCCAACACAUCGAUCAUUCAGCCAAAGCAAAGUUCACAAAUCGCCUUAAAAAAAUACUUUUUAUGGGUUGAAAAAACUUUGCCGUAAACAGCUAUCUUUGCUUUCUAAUGUCUUAACUUUAUCUUGAACAAUAAUUGCAGAGAUCAUCGAGAAACUGAAGCAAUUGAGAUCCAAGGACGGCGAAGAAUUGAAAGACUUGGAUUUGCCUCCCAAGAGCGGAGAUGUCAAGAAACUGAUCGACCAAUUGCAACAGAAGUAUCCCGAUCUUCAGGAGACCUUGGAAAAGUUGUCCAAUAAUGUGGAGACGUACGAUCAGCAGAUCCAGGCGUUGAAGGAGGAGGUUAAGCAAACGAUCAAGAAACUCCAAAGCGAAUUGUUGGAGGAUGAUGACUAA